AUGGUGGAGAUAUCAAGCGCCAUCAGCUUUGGCAUGGUGUCAAGGAUUGGCAUUGAGGCACUGCAUUCCCCAUUUGUUUUAUGUACUGCAGAAGUGCAAGUUUUCACCUCCUUACUCACACUCUCUACUGCAGAAGUACUUCAUCUCCCUUCGCAUUUCGAAGCACUACUUGACAGUGCAAUGGUGGAUUCUUCUAUAGCCCAGCCAGGAAAGGAACUGUUACUCUUCCCAAGCCUAUUUUGGCUCAAAGGUAGAAGAGGGGCAUAG